AUGUUGAGGUUUGUGCAGAAGGCGAAGACAGUGAAAACUUGCCCUGAGAACUAUUCUUUGGCCAUACCUGACCAGAUCCUUAAUCUUGGCCUUUCGAUUAGAUUCAUGGCAACAACGACUCCAUCACACGCCACAGAUCUUAUUACUUCAGAGGAGCAACCUGCUAAUUUGGACAUCAUGAAGGAGCAGCCUGUGACGGCAAACAAUGAGCCCUCUCAGGAAUCUGCAGUUGUGGUUCACCCAGCAAAAGUUGCUCCACUCUCUGGACCUUAUGGUUUAACUGGUGAUCUUGCUGGACACUUACCUAACAGCAUCCUCUCUCCUCAAGCUCAAGGCUUUUACUACAGAGGUUAUGAAAACCCCACAGGUGAAUGGGACGAGUACUCUUCCUAUGUCAAUGUUGAAGGCUUGGACAUCCCAUCUCCUGUUGGCUUCAAUGAGAAUGCAUCUCUGGUAUACCAAACAGGAUACGGAUACAACCCUCAAAUGCCAUAUGGACCAUAUUCCCCUGCUGCAAGUCCCUUACCUUCUGAGGGACAGUUGUAUUCUCCACAGCAGUUUCCGUAUUACCAGCAGGUAGUUCCUCCUAGCAUGCAAUAUAUAUCUUCUCCAACUCAGCCAGACCUCACCAGCCUUGUCGGUGUUGACCAACAAGGUGAUAACAACAUGGGACCAAGACCUUCCUACCAUCCUCAUCCUAUUGGACCGUUUAAUGGAAACCAGCCAAACCUUGGCUUCCCUGAGUGGCAGCAAGGUUUUGAUGGGGGGAUAUGGUCUGAUUGGUCCAAGAAUUCUGAUAUGCACAGACAGUCUUCUCUUGUUUCACCGGCUUUAUCUCCUCAGCCACUCGGUUCAUUUGGAUCAUAUGGCCACAACAUGGGGUCACAGCGACAGAGAUCGUUUUACGGUUAUGGAUCUGGUUCAAACUCUUACAACAGAGGCUACAUGCAUAGUGGUGGUCGUGGCCAGGGCUCUAACUAUGGAAGUAGACUAGUUUCUAAUGUUGGCAUGGGAAACCAAAGCUGGAUUGGUGUUGACAACAUUCGAGGACGUGGUCCAUCCCUAAGUGGAGGUUAUAAUGGUAACUUUGACAUCCUCAACGAGCAAAACCGAGGACCAAGGGCUUCAAAGCCCAAGACUCAGGUAUCAGAGGAGAUUGAUUCUUCUGCUGAUACUAAGAAACAUAACAAAGGCAGUCCAAAGGAGAUUGAGGACUCCAAGAACAACAAUAAUGACUUUGUCACAGACUACAAUAACGCUAAGCUCUUCAUAAUCAAGUCUUACAGUGAAGACAACGUUCACAAGAGCAUCAAAUACAAUGUAUGGGCUAGCACCGCUAAUGGCAACAAAAAGCUUGAUGCUGCUUAUCGUGAGGCCAAGGAAGAGAAAGAACCAUGUCCAGUGUUUCUUUUAUUCUCUGUAAACGCUAGCUCUCAGUUCUGUGGUGUAGCGGAGAUGAUUGGACCUGUGGAUUUUGAGAAGAGUGUUGAUUACUGGCAACAAGACAAAUGGACUGGACAGUUCCCAGUGAAGUGGCACAUUAUCAAAGAUGUUCCAAACAGUCAGUUCCGACACAUUAUAUUAGAAAACAAUGACAAUAAGCCUGUGACUAAUAGUCGAGACACUCAAGAAGUGAAACUGGAGCAGGGGAUUGAGAUGCUGAAGAUAUUCAAGAGCUACGAUGCUGACACGUCAAUCUUGGAUGAUUUUGAGUUUUAUGAAGAGCGGGAGAAAAUAAUCCAAGAACGGAAGGCGAGAAGACAGCCAUCUGGAGUAGUAGAAAGCGAAGAUAAACCAGCUUCUGCUGCGUUGCAGACAGACAUGAUCAAGAACAUGUCCAAAAGUUUUGCUCAGGUUGUCCGCUUAGACGAGGGAAGCAAGGAAGCAGGAAAGACAAGUUCAUCUCCAGAUGCAGUUACAACAAAUGUAGCCGUCUCUUCUGGUCAAUCCAACUAG